CAGUGCCAAUCACAGUUCUCGUUACAAACCGUCGAAACGUAGCAACAGCUGACAGCAGCUGUGGGCGAUAAAACGAUUGGCAAGGGGCUCGCUUUGCUGACCUCCCGCGGAGAGUGUGGAGCAGUCAUUCCGGUGUUGUACGUACAGCCGAUUCAAAGUGAACCGUUCGCCCGGUGUUUAAAACGUCAUCCAAGAUGCCUCCGACUAAGUUCUUCAAGUCGACGAGAAAAAUCAUCGGUGCCGGUGUUAACUACAAAGAAAUUUUGCGGCUCACGAAUGCACCGAAGCCGGAAGCGCCGGUGAUAUUCUUUAAACCAAUCUCAUCCCUCCUCGACGGCGAUCCAUCCUCUGCAUCCGGUGCACCGGUGAUUCGCGUGCCGCGUGUCUUCGGUGGUAAAAUCAACUUCGAGGCCGAACUGGGCGUCAUUAUCGGGCAGCGGUGUGCCAACGUUACUGCCGAGCAAGCGAUGUCCUACAUCGGUGGCUACUGUCUGGCCCUGGAUAUGACCGAUAUGGACUUCAUAGUGAACGCACGGCCCCGCGGUUUACCGUGGUGUUUGGGAAAAGGUUUCGACACCUCAACACCGGUCAGUCGGUACGUCACCCGCGAAGAGCUGCCGGAUCCGCUUUCGGUGCGCGUGUGGUGCGAUGUGAACGGGGCCCGCAAACAGGACGACAACACGGCCAAUCUGAUCUUCCCAAUCGCGGAACUGAUCUCGUACACGUCCCGCUUCAUGACACUCGAGGAGAACGAUCUGCUGCUGACGGGAACACCGGCCGGCGCCGGUCCCGUCGGGCCCGGUGACGUGAUCGAGUGUGGACUCGGUGAUGGCAUCGUGCGAAUGAAAUGCACCGUGGCCAACGAAGAAGAUUCCUAACACCGGGAUGUUGUGAAGGGGUUCUUGGUUUCACUUUUGUUUUGUAUAUUUCUGGAUGAAAUGGUAAAAAUAAAAUUCGUUAACACAUUCGGAACAAUGCGUGACCGAAA